AGGCGGAAACGCAAGCAAGUCAGCAGAGCUUGCGAUGCAUGUCGUAUUCAUCGCAUCAAAUGCGACGACAGUAUACCCUGUCUCAACUGUCGAACACGUGGUAAAUCGUGCAGCAACACAGGCACCAGCAAGCCGUCGUCACUUCCUCAGGCAAUCAAUGAGAUUGAAAGGUUGAAAGCAAAAGUAAAAGAGCUGGAAAAUGAAUUGCAGAGAGAACGCAGUGCAAGGAUCUCAAGCUCGGAAACUCAGCGAGAAGAAGCAUCGCCGCCAUUCACGACACGAACUCCCCAGAACACUGAGCUCCAACCACCGGCAAAGACCAAGUACUGGGAUGGCAUUCAUAUCCGACCGGCGUGUUCACCUCAUGGGCAGUGGCUUGGACCCUCUUCUCUCUAUUACUUUACUCAUCGCCUCGGCACAUUCCUAAAUGCUCAAGCCGAUAACAUGCUGGUUCACCUUGCGAGUAACCUCGAGUUACUUGGCCAACCCAAUCCGCCCGACGAUUCCUCGCGUCUCUUAGCACCUCUUGCCGAGAUCAAUAAUUCUGCUGUAUACCUCACCUCUAUUCAAGAGGGCUACUUCAUCAGCCUUUUCUGGCAAAGUUAUCACACCUCACUCUACUCCGUAUUGGACGAGGCAUCCUUCAACAGUCACUACCAAUCACUCUACACCAACGUACCACCCGGGAACUCGAGGAGGCCUUCUGCACUUGUCGACAUAGUCAUUGCCAUGUGCAUGCAGUACGGUACUUCGAAACUGCCCCGUGGAGAGCAAGGAAACCUCACUCAAGAUUACGAUGCCACAAUGGCUGGCAGAUGGUACUAUCGACGUGCUCAAGCUCUUCUCGCUUGCGAGGUUCAAAGCCCAUCAAUAUCGACCCUCCAAUGCCAACUGCUCUGCGCCGCAUAUGUAUGCAGUGGCUCAUUCCACAACAUGGCCGACAGCAUCAGUGGUUUGGCUGUGCGCACAGCGUACACACUGGGCCUCCAUAUCGACCCUUCGCCGAGUAUGGCGGAAUCUGAACGACAGAUGAGACGACGAUUAUGGUGGACAGUGUUUGAGCUGGAUACCCUGGUGGGCCUGAAAUUGGGCCGUCCGUUUCUGGUCCAAGAUUCCCACGUCAUGCCGGAACUACCAAGCGAUAGCCUCGACGCUGCUAUACUCUCCGGCUCAACUUUUGCUCCUGUUGCAAACGAUACGACUUGGUUAAGCUUCAACUUGAAUCGAGUGAGGCUUUAUAGAGUCGCUCGAACUAUUCACAAUGCCACAUAUGACCAUGAUCUGGGUGUAGCAAGUGGGAAAACGGUUUACGAAUAUCCGGACCGUUUGAAAGAUUUGGCAAAUGCCAUUUACCCACUCACAAAGGGUCUUGAAGACUGGGUUAAGCAGAUUCCUAGCGCACUAAAGACUGGUCGCAAGGAUCAGGGCAAAGCUUUCUCAAUGGACGGGUCCCUUCUGGACAUUGAGCAGUAUGCACCUAAUUGGCUCCAACGGCAGCGGUUACUUCUAGAACUGGAGUACUGCCACAUAUACGCCAACCUCCACCGCCCAUUCAUCUCAUUCACUACUCAUCAAGCACCCGGCGGUCGGGGUUACGAGAUGGCUGGGAGAAGCGCAUCUCAUGCCAUAGAGCUUUGUAACAUCACCCAUCAAAUUCUGUCUGGUACGCCACUCCUCCACGGUUGUCAUCAGGUUUUCCAGUGGCAGUGGAAUGGAGCCAUGACACUUGUCGGUUUCGUUGUGGCCUAUCCGCAACAUGCACUGACUUCAGCUGCCCGGGGCGCAAUCAAGCUUGCGGUAUCUUCUCUGGAUAGAUUCGGGGCUGGCUUUGAGGCUGCGGCAAAAGCAGCUAUUAUCGUGCGUACCUUGUCGUCUAAUCUCGAC